AUGUCUCACACUUCCCUCCAUCGCCAUAGCUCACUCCCUCUCAUCGCCCUCGCGCACUCCCCUCCCGUCGCCUUCGCGCACUUCCCUCCCGUCGCCUUCGCGCACACCCGUCCCGUCGCCUUCGCGCACUCCCCUCCCAUCGCCUUCGCGCACUCCCCUCCCGUCGCCUUCGCGCACUCCCCUCCAAAGAGGAUGAUCACUCCCUCCCGUCGCCCACGCUUCCUUCCUGACGCACGAUCACGCUCCCUCCCCUCCCGUCGCCUUUGCGCGACGCCUCUUUCGCCCCUCCUCACUCCCUUCCGUCGCCCACGCUCACUCCCCUCCCGUCGCCCACGCUCACUCCCCUCCCAUCGCUCAUGCUCACUCCCCUUACAAUGGGGACUCCCCGCGCCUUGCAACUCUCCUUCCUCCUGCUACGCCACACCCCACACUCUCGUCUCCCCAUCCCUCAUCUCCCCUUCCCUCGUCUCCCCAUCCCUCAUCUCCCCUUCCCUCGUCUCCCCAUCCCUCAUCUCCCCAUCCCUCAUCUCCCCAUCCCUCGUCUCCGCAUCCCUCGUCUCCCCAUCCCUCAUCUCCCCUUCCCUCACCUCCCCGUCCCUCAUCUCCCAAUCCCGCAUCUCCCCAUCCCUCAUCUCCCCAUCCCGCAUCUCCCCAUCCCGCAUCUCCCCAUCCCUCACCUCCCCAUCUCUCACCUCCCCAUCCCUCAUCUCCCCAUCCCUCACCUCCCCAUCUCUCACCUCCCCAUCCCUCAUCUCCCCAUGCCUCACCUCUCCAUCAAUCAUCCAUCCAUCCCUCAUCUCCCCAUGCCUCACCCCAUCUCCGCCGCACCCCGUGGAAUCACCUCCUUUCCCCAUCCCGUCAUUCACUCUCCCUCCGUUCCCCAUCCUUCCAUUCCCCAUGCCUACUUUCACCAUUCCACCAUACCCCAUUCACCAUACUCCUAACCCCAUCUCCUCCUCACCCCAUCUCCUCCUAUACACAUCCGCUUCUUUCCCCUUCCCUCGUCACCGCGUCCCCUCCUCUCCCCAUCCCCUCCUCUCACCAUCCCCUCUUCUCCCCACCCCUCCCGUCCUCUCCCCAUCCGCCCAUCCCACCUCACCACUUCCCUCCUCUUCCCAUCCAUCCUCUCCUCAUCCCUCCCCACCCGUCCUUUCCCCAUCCGAUCCUCUCACCCUCCCCUCCAGGUGUUUCCCACACCGCCCUCGGCCCAGCAGCACCUCUUCAUCCCUUGUGCUUUUCUGCACCAGGGAGCUGCCUGGGGCGCUGUGGGUGGAUGGCGGUGGGCACAGUCACACAGCAUAG